AUGUUAUCCAAGGUGCUGUUAAAUAUAGCCUUUAGGGUACUGCUGACCACUGCCAAGAGGGCCGUCGAUUCUGAUGAUGAUGAUGAACUUCUGCCUUCCCCAGAUCUCCCGGAUAGUGACGAUCCCAUAACAGGUGAUCCUGACGUAGACCUAAACCCUGUUACUGAAGAAAUGUUCUCUUCAUGGGCGUUGUUCAUCAUGUUGCUCUUAUUAAUUUCUGCAUUAUGGUCUGGUUAUUACUUGACUCAAAAACGCAUAAGAGCAGUGCAUGAAACCGUGCUUUCUAUCUUUUACGGUAUGGUCAUCGGCUUGAUAAUAAGAAUGUCUCCCGGCCAUUAUAUCCAAGAUACCGUCACAUUUAAUUCAUCCUAUUUCUUCAAUGUUCUGUUGCCGCCCAUUAUUUUGAAUAGCGGGUAUGAACUGAAUCAAGUCAACUUUUUCAAUAAUAUGGUAUCUAUCUUGAUUUUUGCCAUACCGGGCACCUUCAUAUCUGCUGUGGUAAUAGGUAUCAUAUUGUAUAUUUGGACUUUCUUGGGAUUGGAAAGUAUCGACAUCUCAUUUGCAGAUGCAAUGUCUGUCGGUGCUACUUUGUCAGCUACGGAUCCCGUCACUAUUCUUUCGAUAUUCAAUGCCUAUAAAGUGGACCCUAAACUAUACACAAUUAUUUUUGGGGAGUCAUUGUUAAAUGAUGCUAUUUCUAUUGUUAUGUUUGAGACUUGCCAAAAAUUCCACGGUCAACCUGCAACAUUUUCUUCGGUUUUUGAAGGGGCAGGCCUCUUUUUGAUGACUUUUUCCGUUUCAUUGCUGAUCGGUGUUCUUAUAGGAAUACUCGUUGCUCUUCUGUUGAAGCAUACUCACAUAAGGCGCUAUCCUCAAAUUGAGAGUUGUUUAAUUCUAUUAAUUGCCUAUGAAUCCUAUUUCUUUUCCAACGGUUGUCACAUGUCUGGUAUCGUUUCCUUAUUAUUUUGCGGGAUUACUUUAAAACAUUACGCCUACUACAACAUGUCAAGAAGAUCACAAAUUACCAUUAAGUAUAUUUUCCAACUGUUAGCAAGAUUAUCAGAGAAUUUCAUCUUCAUUUAUCUAGGUCUGGAGCUUUUUACUGAAGUGGAACUAGUCUAUAAGCCAAUGCUAAUCAUUGUGGCUGCUAUUUCUAUAUGUGUAGCUCGUUGGUGUGCCGUUUUUCCGUUAUCCCACUUCAUUAAUUGGAUAUAUAAGGUGAAGACAAUCAGAUCAAUGAGUGGAAUCACCGGAGAAAAUAUUUCUGUUCCCGAUGAAAUACCUUACAAUUAUCAGAUGAUGACAUUUUGGGCAGGAUUGCGUGGGGCAGUUGGUGUUGCUUUGGCCUUGGGUAUUCAAGGUGAGUAUAAAUUCACUUUGUUAGCAACAGUUCUCGUUGUUGUUGUCUUAACAGUUAUCAUUUUUGGGGGUACCACUGCAGGAAUGUUGGAAGUUUUAAACAUCAAGACUGGCUGUAUAAGUGAAGAAGAUACAUCCGAUGACGAAUUUGAUAUAGAGGCCCCAAGGGCAAUUAAUUUUAUGAGUAGUGGUCCUAUGCAGACAGAUUUGGGGCCGUAUUCUGAUACCAAUUCACCAGAUAUCUCAAUCGACCAAUUAGCAGUCAACAAUAACAAGAAUAUUCCUCAACAUUCAUCCUUGAUGGUUGACAAUACCCUAGGAGUUCUGGACGAAACUGAAAACACCAGCCCUAAUCCAGGAAGAUCCUCAAUCGAUAAGCGUAAUUUGAGGGAUAAGCUGGGCACAAUCUUCAAUUCUGACUCACAAUGGUUCCAGAAUUUUGAUGAACAAGUAUUAAAGCCCGUGUUUUUGGAUAAUGUGUCGCCGUCCGUGCAAGAUUCAGUCACUGCAUCACCUUCUGAUUUCUCUUCACAAAACCACUAG